UCUGUAACCUUGAGGAAGUGAACUACUAUGGGCUGUCGAUUUCUCAUGUAUAAAAUAAAGAUAUCUUCCUAACAGAGCUGUGAAGAUAAAACCAGUAAAGUGCUUGGAACAGUUUUUAAUAGCUGCUAAGCACUCAGUGUUGAUUUGAAGGAACGCUGAAGUUUCGUUAACUUGUGUGGAAUCAGGACGCCAGGGGUCCUCCCACCUUCAGAUGUGAACCUAGGUAGAGGAACCUUACCUCGCGGGCUGAGGGGAGUCUGGGGUCAAAGGUGAGGGUUUCGUAAUCCAAGGCCUGGGAGUGGGCGAGUGGCGUGGGGCUCCCCCACCCCGAGACUGGACGUAGAGCGGAGGCUGCCAAGAGGAGGGCUCUGCUCUUAGGCCUUGGUUUGAAGGCAGGGGGCGGCUUUCAGGUUCCACUUCCGACUGAACUCCGCAGCGACGCGAAAAGCCAACGUCUGCGGGAAGAGCAGGCAGGCGGUGCCCGUUCUUUUCUCCGCUCCCGGCGAGCGUGAGCGCGGCGCGGCCCGCCUCCCAGCCUCCCCCGGCCGCGCCGCCGCCAGCCCCGCGCGCGUUCUCAACGCGAGCGUGCGUUCUGAGUUCCGCGGCCGACUAGGAGCGACCGGAAGAGGCGGGGCCGCCAGGCGAGCGCGCUCUGUGCGCCUGCGCGAAACGUUUCCGUGGAGUGCGGCGUCCGAACGCUGGUCUCGGAGUGCACGUGGAGUGCUGUCCCGCGUACCCGGGGGCGUCUCGGGCCCGGACCCACCUUCAGUACCAUGGGGCGCAAGUUGGACCCUACGAAGAAGGAGAAGCGCGGGCCGGGCCGAAAGGCCCGGAAACAGAAGGGUGCCGAAACCGAACUCGCUAGAUUCUUGCCUGCAGGUAAGGGUCAGGCCUGCUCCCUCCUCAUCCUCCAGCUUUUGUCUGGUGAUGAAAAUUCCAAGAGGCUGUCUAGUCGUGCUCGAAAGAGGGCAGCCAAGAGGAAGUUGGGCUCUGCUGAAGGCCCUAAGAUGAAUAAGUCUCCUGGGGCCAAACCGUUGCCUGGAAAGCUACCAAAAGGAGUUGUCCAGACACCUCGUAAGAAGGGACCGCAGUCCUUCUUAAAUACUGCUCGAGGCAAGAAGCGCCCUGCACCAACCCAUAGCAGUGAGGAGGAGGAAGAGUCUGAAGAGGAUGGUGUGGGGAACCAGGGGGACCUCUGGGGCUCUGAGGACAGCGAUGCUGAUAUGAGAGAUGACUACGGAGCUGACUCCAACUCAGAGAAUGAAGAUGAGGAUGAAGGUGAAGAGUUGCUGCCCAUUGAAAGGGCUGCUCAGAAGCAGAAGGCCCAGGAAGCUGUUGCUGGGGGCCAGUGGAUCGAGGAGGAGACUGAUGAAGAGGAGGAAAUAUCCCCUGAGUCAGGCCCCAAAAAGGAUGAUGAGCCGGAUGGGGGCCUACAGAUCAACGUGGAUGAGGAGGAGCCUUUUGUGCUCCCCCCUGCUGGGGAGAUGGAGCAAGAUGCGCAGCCUCCAGACUUGCAGCGAGUUCACAAGCGCAUCCAAGAUAUUGUGGCAGUGCUGCGUGAUUUUGGGACUCAGCGGGAGGAAGGUCGAUCUCGUUCCGAAUAUCUGCACCGGCUUCGGAAGGACCUGGCUAUUUAUUACUCCUAUGGAGACUUCCUGCUUGGCAAGCUUAUGGACCUCUUCCCGCUGUCUGAGCUGGUGGAGUUCUUAGAAGCUAACGAGGUGCCUCGGCCCAUCACUCUCAGGACUAAUACCUUGAAAACCCGGCGCCGAGACCUUGCUCAGGCACUAAUCAAUCGUGGGGUUAACCUGGAUCCCCUGGGCAAGUGGUCAAAGACUGGACUAGUGGUGUAUGAUUCUUCAGUGCCCAUUGGCGCUACUCCCGAGUACCUGGCUGGACACUAUAUGCUGCAGGGAGCCUCCAGCAUGUUGCCUGUUAUGGCUUUGGCGCCCCAGGAGCAUGAGCGGGUCCUGGACAUGUGUUGUGCACCUGGAGGAAAGACCAGCUACAUAGCCCAACUGAUGAAGAACACAGGUGUGAUCCUUGCCAACGAUGCCAAUGCUGAGCGGCUCAAGAGUGUCGUGGGCAACCUGCACCGGUUGGGAGUCACCAACACCAUUGUCAGCCACUACGAUGGGCGCCAGUUCCCCAAGGUGGUGGGGGGCUUUGACCGAGUACUGCUGGAUGCUCCCUGCAGUGGCACUGGGAUCAUCUCCAAGGACCCAGCUGUGAAGACUAACAAGGAUGAGAAGGACGUCCUGCGCUGUGCUCACCUGCAGAAGGAGCUGCUCCUGAGUGCUAUUGACUCCGUCAAUGCCACCUCCAAGACAGGAGGCUACCUCGUCUACUGCACCUGUUCUAUCAUGGUGGAAGAGAAUGAGUGGGUGGUAGACUAUGCCCUGAAAAAGAGGAAUGUGCGGCUGGUGCCCACAGGUCUCGACUUUGGCCAGGAGGGUUUUACCCGCUUUCGAGAAAGGCGCUUCCACCCUACUCUGCGUUCUACCCGCCGCUUCUACCCUCACACCCACAAUAUGGAUGGUUUCUUUAUUGCCAAGUUCAAGAAAUUCUCCAAUUCUAUCCCCCAGUCCCAGACAGGAGAUUCUGCAGCAUCCACCCCUGCAGAAGUAGACUUGCCUGACCUGAAAGCUCAGGUGACUCCCAAGCCUGAGAACAGCAGCCAACCUGCCAAGAGGGCCAGAGUGGCUGUGAAGGCAAAGCAGCAGCUGCAUCCCAAGAAGGCCACCUUCCGGAAGCAGAAUGGUGUCUCCAAAGGGGCAGACUCAGAGUUAUCUGCUCUAUCUUCUGUCACAAAGGCCAGGGCUUCCUCCAAGCUCCAGGAUAGCAGCCAGCCAGCUGUCAAAGCUGAAGUGAUCACGGAACCGAAGGUGUUGGGGAAACUAAAGCAACAGUCACCUAAACUGCAGUCCUCCAAGAAAGCUGCCUUCCCGAAGCACAGUGCUCCUCCCAAGGGCACAGACACAGCAGCACCUGCUAUGCUAUCCUCCAGGACCCAGGCCACUCUCAAGCCGGAGGACCGUGCUCAGCCCCUUGGGGAUGCCAAAGGGGCUGAGAAGGUAAAGCAGCAGUUGUCAGAGCAGCCCUUCAAGAAAGCUCCCUUCCAGAAAGAGAAUGGCACCCCCAAGGGAACUAAGACCUCCACCAUGUUCCCCCUCAGUUCCAGCCAGCCCCCACCAGCCAAGAGGAGAAAAUCUCAAUCCAGAGGCAGCAGCCAGCCACUGCUGUCCUAGGUGGAUGGCUGAGACUAGCCCAGGGUGGCUCAUGGCCGUUGUCACUGGGUUGGAACUCUUACCUCUGUGAGGAUGGCUUCCCCGCUGUGCAUAUGAAAUUUAAUAUAAUUUCACAAUCUCUGA